AUGACUGAAAUCAAUUUUUUGAAAAGGAAAUUUGAAAGUCUACGGAUAGUUGAUGAUGAAGCCCCCAAAACUGUUAAGAAAUCCUUUAUUCAAGAUGCAGAUCUCUAUCUAUUGGGUAAGAAGAUCUAAUCCAUACAUUUGGUUUAGCCUUUGUAAUCAAUGAUCAAGAAACCUGAUAUCUAUUAGGCUUGCUUUCUCAAGAAGGAAAACUACAAUCCUUUUUCUUAUAUAGAUCGACCUAUCACAAAGGAAGAGGAUGAGUUGUGAUAUCCAUCAUAUAUACAUGAUUAUAUAUUAAAUAUAUGCUUUAUUAGGAAAACUAAAUAGACACCCAUAUUAUUAUACUACUAACAUCAUUUUGAAGUGCGCUAAUUAGGUUUAAAGCAGAGAAUGAGCGAUCAAUCAAUGCACUUAGGUUAAGCAAUUAUAAAUUAGUAGAUUUAAGACUUGCCCAUAUAUAAGUCAAUUAAUCAAGG